AUUCAAAACCCCGACAAGCUAUCUACAUGCAUUCCACAAGGCGUACUUCUUUUUUCAGCACCCAUUUCUGCUGUGACGUUGCAAAUUCCUUCCAUUGGACGUCAAGGAGCAAGACGCCGAUUUCUUGCGUCGGUGCAUGAACCUCCAGCUCUCGUUGUCUUUCGAAUUCCCAAGACGCCCAACCACAGUUUGGAAGAUUUUGGAAGGUGCUUCUGUUGCCGAACUGCGACCUCCAUGUCAUUCGAGAGUGCGCUGUUGUACCGCUCGAUGUGAAGUGAUGAGCUGACGGGUGACCACACACAUUCUUUGUAAGUUUGCGGUUGAUUAAUGUACAUACUCUACGGAAAAGUACGAGUAGACUAUUUACAUGUGCACUUGUCAAAGGUUGUCUGGUCAAAUACAAUAUUUUAACGAUGGCGUGAAACCAACGCCUACAUGCCGCAGCAUGGCUUUUGCGCUCCUGGCCCACAAUGAGUUCCUUC